GGUCGUAUCACAUGUCCACCUGGCAAAAUAUGUAGGAAUGAAAGGUGUGUAGAUCCACCCACAUGUGCCGAACGCGGGGAACGGUGUGAUCAGAAGGCGUGCUGUGGCGGCCAUUGCCAUCAACGACUAUACAGCGAUCAUCCCACCUGUGUGUAUAAUGCUUUCAGUGGAGAAGAUUGUUCCAGCGGUAUUCCUUGUGAGGGUACGUCGCAAUGCAUUCACGGACGAUGCUCGCUCCAACGAAAAGCCAAUUGUGAUUUUGAUGGCGCCGUAUGCCCUCAUGGAUCGAGUUGUCAAUAUGCGAGAUCUUCUGAAGCAGGCACGCAUAAAAUAUACAUG